ACUGAAAUUGUGAUAACACUGUUGUGAGUGUUGUGUGUUAUUUUUGUAAGUUUCAAUUUUCAAUUUUAGAAUUGCGAAAAAAAGGAGAGUGAAAUAAAAUAUGCACUCGUUGAAUAUCGUCCAUAACAGAUUCACGAACUCCUUCGAUGAAUAUUAUUUAGUUAACUAUCAACAUUUUCUGAGCUAAUUUACUUAUUUUGUUUUUACACAGUAGUGAGUAGACUGAUUUCCUGGUCUAGAAAGGAGAAUACGUAUUAUUAAUUAGAAAUUUUGAGAACUAUUUACUUCUGAAAAACUAAGUACUCGUAUCUACUACUUUAGAUGAGGAGAAAAAACAAAAUGAAAUAAGUAAUGAGAAGAAAAAUAAUAAGAGAGUGAGAAUACAUAUCAUUUUUUAGCAUACACUCUUCGGCAUUUUGAAAAGUCAAUUCAUUCUUUCUAAUCUAAUCGAUUUCUAGAUCAGAGUGAUCAACUGAUCAUUCGUAUUUGUAUAAUGUACCUCGAUCAAAAUUUAUUCUUUUCAGAUUGAAGAAUUAAGUAGGUACCUAUAUCGUGAAAAUUUUUGCAAUGAGUUGCAAUAUCGCGAGCAAGAUUUGCAUACAGUUAUUAUAAGAAAUGAAAUGACAUGAUUGCAUAGGUACUGCAUAGAAAAAUUACUCAUUAGUCAUUUGUAAUGAAUAAUAAUUGAAACAAUUAAUAAAUUAAUAUCACAGGAAAUAGCGAAAUUAGACAGUAUGAAUCCAUUUUCAAGUAAAAAUUGUAAGUCUGUUAACAUGAUUAUCCUUAUGUGUGUGGGAAUGCGUUUUCAUUGGUCGGAGUAAAAUCCAAUUUUGCGGCGGCUAACGAUUAGUUGUGCUUGGACGCACGUUAUGUUCUUAUCACUUGUUUUUCGUUUCGUUCCUAAGCAAUCAUGUCAGGAUGUAAUUUUGGUUGUUCCUGGGCUGAUUGUUCAAGCGUUUUUACACGGAAAGAUGCCUUAAUGCGUCAUAUAAAGACAGUUCAUAGAAAUGAACGUAAUUACCUGUGUGAUCGUCUCAAAUGUGGACGUACGUUUUCCACUGUUUAUCUCCUACAACGGCAUAUCCAAGGUGUUCAUCAGAAAGAACGUAAUUUUUCCUGUGGCCAUUGUCAUAAAGCAUUUGCUCUACUGCAAAACUUACGUGCACACGAAGGAGCUGUUCAUGGAAAAAAAAUCAAAACCUCGCAUAAUACUAUACGUAUAGAAAAACAGUCUUAUGAAUGUGCUGAAUGCGGAUCUAAUUUUGUUCGAAGAAAAAGUUUGGUGGCUCAUUUAUCUGAAAUACAUGGGAACAAUGAACGUUUUGAGUGUCACACUUGCGGACGUAAAUAUAGCAGGAAGCGAAAUCUAAAGAAACACAUAAUUGACACACAUCAAGACCGAGUUCAUGGCACGUCCAAGAAGAAGAGUCGUUUCUACUGUGUUAUUUGCAACAAGUUGUUUCAAUUCCGCCAUCAACUAGAACAACAUUAUCAAGAAUUUCAUGAAAUCAAUUUUGAAACCGAGACACUUAAAUUUUCGUGUAAGGAAGAUUUCUUAGAUUGGAAAAAAAAGUUUGAAGACUGCUCAACGACUAGAUUCAGUUUAUCAAGAAAAUGUAAAGGGAAGUUUGUAUACGUAUGUCACCGGUCAGGUUUGAGGAAAGUCAAGUCAUGUAAUCGGAAAAGAGCGCAUAUUCUUCGAGGCUCAAAGAAAUUGCAUGGUGUGUGCCCAGCCUCUAUCACACUACAUCUGAACAGUGAUUCUUCCUGUGUUGCAACUUUUGUGAAAACUCAUGUGGGUCAUCAGUCAAAUGAUAAAUCCGAAUUGAAGCACUGUUUUCUCCGUCCAGAAGAUCGUGAGAAACUGGCAGGAAUGGUUGCAUCCGGCAUUCCAAAGCGUCGAAUUUUAAACGAUCAAUUGAAAAACUGCACAAAUCUCCUGUAUGAUUUUGAUCCCACUAGUGUUGCAAGAAAUGAUUUGCUCACUAAUAAAGAUCUAUGCAACGUGGAAAACACCUAUAAUGUGAAAACGAACGAGAAUUUCAUACGACUGUAUGACAAAGAUGCUGACAACGUGGAAGCAUUUGUUGAACAGUACAAAGACUGCGUUCUUCUGUACAAACGGAAAAAGGAAAAGUUGGACCCUGCGUACGAAGAUAUCAACGUUGCAGAUGACGAUAUCAUCUUGAUUUUUAUGUCUCCAACUCAAAAAAAAAUGCUGCAAAAACAUUCCAAUAUUGUGUGUAUGGACGGUACUCAUGGUACGAACCCAUAUGGGUUACUAUUACAUACGUUGCUGGUACUUGAUUAUGACGGUGAAGGCUUCCCAGCUGCCUUCGUUUUUAGCAAUAGAAACGACCAAGUUUUAAUUCAAAUAUUUGCUCGUUGCUUAAAACUACAUGUUGGUGAGAUCGUGCCAGAGGUGUUUAUGACUGACAUGCAAGAAUCAUAUGUCAAUGGUUGGUCAAAAGAAAUGGGCGUGCCAAAAACGGUGCUCCAUUGCAUGUACCACGUAAGGCAGGCGUGGAAAAAACACCUUCCGAAGUUCAACAAAGAAAAAAAAGAUGCCGAAAAAUACGCUCAACGAAAAAAAUUGAAGCAGGACUUAUACGAAUUGUCGGUCGAGACAUGCAAAGAAACAUUUGAUGAAAAACUUGAAGAAUUCCUGCUACCGAGCGAUGAUGAGAAAAUUAAUGAUUUUCUUACUUACUUUCAACGAGAAUAUUGCAGUAAAGAGAAAUUUAAACAUUGGGCAUAUUGCUACAGGUUGAACGCUGGUGUGAAUACAAACACUCAUCUUGAGUCUUUUCACAAAACUUUGAAAUAUGUUCAUGGCUGCGGACGCAAUAUGAAAGACUUGUUCUCUGGACUAAAUUUAGUUCUACAAUUUGUCCAAGCUCAAAUUGUUUCAUCCUGCAACAAAAUUGUACGUGGAAAAAUUACGCCUCGCCUUGCGGCCUUGAGAAAAGCACAUAAAACAUUCGAUAAAUUUCGGAAUGAUGUGUCGAUUUCUAUGACAGAAGAGUCUCAUGUAUAGUUAGUAGAGUCGUUCAGAGCAACAGAAGACCAGUGUGUGGAAAUGUAUACCGUUUGUAAAAUACGCCAGACUUGUCCAGCCGAAGAAGAUCCGGAAAUUGGAGCUUGUUACCUUGUAUGUGAUGAGUGUGGUGAUUGUGCUCACAAAUAUUCAUGCUCGUGUAUUGAAAAUGCCAUUAGAAGUCAUAUGUGUAAGCACAUACAUGCUGUGCUCCGUAAUGUACAACAAGAGGAACAUGCACACAGCGAACCAAUGCCGACUUCGAAUGAAAUUACUUUGCCGAUCUCAAAUGAAAUUCCACCACCAAUCUUGAACGAAAUUCCAUCGCUGAAUUUAAAUGAAAUUCAAUUGCCGAUUUCAACUGAAGAGAGCAAUAAUUCUCAAGUAGAAUCUUCAAGCAAAAAAGGUAUUUUCAUCAUUUCAUCUUGUAGUAUUUUAAUUAAUUUAUUAACAUGUGAAUUGUUGAAUCUAUAAAUUAGUAAAUACCUAUGUGGUAUUUAUAGAUGGUUGAUCCAUAAAUUACAUUUUUUUACCUGUGGUACUUAUAGAUGGUUGAUCCAUAAAUUAUAUCGUUUUUUAUAUAAUGUAGUAUUUGUGGAUGGUUGUUGGUUGAUCCCAGGGUUGUACAAAAACGUGUGUUUUUUGAAGAAAAAAAAACAUUUCUUUUGUUGAAAAUUUUUUAAAUUUUGAAACAGUUUUUUUCUCAAACACGUUUAAAAUGUGUUUUAAACACAAAUUCAUCUGUUUUGGGUUCACCAGUCAUCAAUUUUCAAGAUGUGACGUCAUAAAAUAGCCAUAAGGGUAAAGAAAUAUUGAAAAAUUGUAACCAAAACAUAAAAUUUGUCUCUAAAAAUACAGUUUGUUCAAUUUCACUUUUUUUCAACAAAAAAAUGACGUGUUUUUUAAGGAAAUUGGAGUUGAAAAAAACAUGUUUAAACAAAAAAAAAAAAGAAACACUAUUUGAAACGUUUUUUUUUCCGUUUUUUGUUUAAAACGUCGUUCUAUUUUUUUUUCAUUUGUUUUAAACGUGUUUAAAAAAUUUUUGUUUUAAACAUGUACAACCCUGGUUAAUCCAAAAAUUAUUUUAUGCCUACAUGGUAUUUUUAGAUAAUUAUUUUAUACUUAUGGUAUUUUGUAGAUGGUUGAUCCAUAAAUUAUUUUAUACCUACAUGGUAUUUUUAGAUAAUUAUGUUAUACCUAUGGUAUUUUGUAGAUGGUUGAUCCAUAAAUUAUUUUAUACCUACAUGGUAUUUUUAGAUAAUCGUUUUGUACCCAUAUGGUAUUUUUAGAUAGUUGAUUCAUACGUUAUUGUUUAUGACAUGACUUAUGACGAACCAUUUUUAAAAAAUAGAGUAUUUACAUAAUGAACACUUCAAUUUCUUUUUGUACUCCUUUUUUUGCAGUUGAAUUUUUAAAACGUAAAAAGGAUACUUGGUGUCGUCAGCUUAUAGAAACGUCCUAUAAUCUUGAAGAAUUAGAGAUAAUUGAUCGCUACGCACGAAACCUUGAUGCAGCGCUACAUUCAUCAAGAGUCAGGAAAACAUCAUCUUUGCCAGAAAAAAGUAGUGUUUUAAAAAAAAUCGCAAAACAAAAACGUUUCUAACCUAAAAUGUUUACAAAAUCUUAGCGCUACAGAUGGUAAAAUAAUGGCUUGAUUACGUUAUUCAUUUCAGGGUUGUACAAAAACGUGUUUUAAAAAAAAAACGUUUUUUUUUUCGUUUAAAACGUUCUUUUUUUGUUUUAAAACAGCUUUUUUCUCUUGUUUAAAACUGUAUGUUGAAAACGCGUUUAAAAUGUGUUUUAAACACAAAUUCAUCUGUUUUGGAUUCAUGAGUCAUCAAUUUUCGAGAUGAGUAUGACGUCAUAAAAUAGCCAUGAGGCUAAAGAAAUAUUGAAAAAUUGAAAUCAAAACACAAAAUUUGUCUCUAAAAAUACAGUUUGUUCAAUUUCACUUUUUUUCAACAAAAAACUAAAAAAAAAACGUGAUUUUUUUAGGAAAUUGGAGUUGAAAAAAACACGUUUAAAACAUCAAACAUCCUUCUGUUUUUUUUUUUCAUUUGUUUUAAACAUGUACAACCUUUGAUUUAUUUUUUGUUAAAUUUUGUACAUUUUGAUUUAUUUACCUUACGAGUUGUAGGAGUAUGCAGCUACAGUCCUAUUUUUUAAAACACUUUUUCACGCUUAGUUUUAUAUAUAAAUGGUGCCAAAAACCUAUUUUCAUAUUUUGUUUUACUUUUUUACCUUGGUGCUAAAAAUAUACCUGAUUCCUUUAUUAAGUAUAAGUGGUACCAAAAAUGUAUUUUUUGUUACUUUUUAGUUGUUUACCUACUUUUGUAUGAUAUGGAGCCAACAAGGUAAUUUUUAUGAUAUAAUUAUAUCUUACGUUUUGUUACUUGUUUGAAAUAUGAAUAAUUGUGGUGCCAAAAAAUGUUCGUUGUUCUUUUUUAAUUUUAGGUAUACAAUUAAGACGUACUUUGACUUUGAUAAUUUUUCAUAUUGUUGUUAUAACUGACAAUAAAUAAUGUUCCUUUUUUUCAAUGA